GCGCUAAGAUGGCGACUCCCAUGCACCGGCUCAUAGCCCGGAGACAGGCGGGACGCCCAGGAGUUGGUUACUGAGUGGUUUCGUGACGGAGAGUGUGCCUCUCAGCCCACUCAGUCGACCACCCUACGCGCGACCAAGGGAGGCUUGAAGCUCUGAUCGGACUCCACCACUCUCGCCGAGAUACCCUUCAGCCCCCUGUGAAGUCUCAGCUCAGCUGACUUUUCCUGCCCCCUCACUAUCGACUUCCCUACAAGCGGCAGAACUGUAAGGCCAACUUUUCUCCCACGCUAUCCCCUGGUUUUCUACCAUUCAUGUACUCUGUCAACAAACGUUUAUUCAGUACCUACUGCUCUGUGCAAGAAUUUGAAUGUAAAAAAAAGAGGUGUUCCAGAUAGAAUCCCUGCUUUCAGGGAGCUUACAUUCUAGUGGUGGAGAUAGUCAAUAAACCAAACAAAUUUAGUAAGUACAGUUAGUGAUGAGAACUUUAAAGGAAAUAAAGUAAGAUAAAAAGGAGCCCUGGUGGUGCAAUGCUUAAGUGCUCGGCUGCUAACCUAGAGGUUGGUGGUUCAAACUCACCCUUGCUCUGUGGAAGAGGGAGGUGGCAGUUGGCUUUCCUAAAGAUUUACAGCCUUGGAAACCCAGUGGGGCAGUUCUACUCUGUCCCAUAGGGUCUCUGUGAAUUGGAAUUGACUCGAUGGCAAGGGGUAUGGUGUGAUGUGUAAGAGGAAAAAACCCACUUAAAAUUGGGUGGACUGAAAAGGCAUCUCUUAAAAGGUGGAAUUUGAACAAAGAUUAUAAGGGAGGGAAAGGAGGCAGUCAUGAGCAGACUUGGGGAAGAGUAUCCAGACAAUGGCAUAAUUGCUUUGAGGCUGGAAAAACUUAGUUUUAAGAACUGAAAGAAGGCCAUUGUAGCCCAUGGGCAAGAGAGAGUGGAACAAGCUAAAAUUACAGCGGUUUGUGGCAGACAUAAUGCAGGAGCCAUCCCAAAUGUCCCCUUCUUGUAAAGCCUUCUACCAACAUGCACACAAACAACCUCAGCCCCUUCAUUCUCUCAUCAUUUCAUGCCAUCACUGUGUGCACAUCUCUAAUGCAUAGAUCACCAUAUAUAUUUGUUUAUAGUUCUUUUUAUAUUUACAUUUCUAAUCUCAGAUCCCUGUUCUUUCUCUUUUCCUCUUCAUCUGACCCUACUCUCAUGAGGAGCUCAAGGAGAGCGUGUAAGGAUAAAGACUCAGGGAGUCAGAGAAGUAAACUUGGUUGAAGAGAACUUCAAAGUCACACAGUUCUGAGAUCAAGAAUGAGGGAAGCCAAUAAGCAACACGUAAGAUGUCAGAAAUGUUUAGAAUUUGGACAUUGGACUUAUGAAUGCACAGGAAAAAGAAAAUACCUACACAGGCCUUCAAGAACAGCAGAACUAAAAAAAGCUUUAAAAGAAAAAGAAAACAGGUUAUUAUUACAACAAAGCAUUGCAGAAACUAAUAUAGAAAGAAAGACCAAGAAAAAAAGGUCUAAGAGUGUAACCAGUUCCAGUAGCAACAGCAGUGACAGUUCAGCCAGUGAUUCUUCAUCAGAGAGUGAAGAGACCUCUACCUCAUCCUCCUCAGAGGAUAGUGACACUGAUGACAGCUCCUCCAGCUCGUCAUCUUCAGCCUCCUCUACAAGCUCUUCCUCCUCGUCUGAUUCAGACUCAGAUUCCAGCUCCUCCAGUAGCAGCAGCACCAGCACAGAUAGCAGCUCUGAGGAUGAGCCGCCAAAGAAGAAGAAAAAGAAGUAGAGUCGCUUCAUCCACAUUGGACUGAAGAACUGAAGACAUUAAUGUACUUCUCAAAAGAGAAUUUAGACUAUGUUAAGACCAAAUAGAUUAACUGGUCAAAAUUUCUAGGGUUCAGAAGUUUCUGAAUGUUUUACAUUAUGAGAGCAUAAAUAUCAUUAAUUAUGAAUUACAUACGUGAAGACUUCUUUAUUUUAAGGAGUUUUGUUUUGCUUUUUUAUUUUUAAAAUGUAUCUCUAAAAUUUAAUCAAAGCUGAAAUCCAGUAAGUCUGUUUUUGUGAUGUAACCUAUCUUUUUUCCCUGUGAAUUAAAUGCCAUACUUUAUUAUAUGUUAAUGGUAUGUGUCCAUUUUCAGGAUUAUGCAUCAGAGUAUCUGGCAGUGAAUUUCUAAUGCUUUUGGCUAUGUGGUAUUAUGUAAGAUUUAAUAAUAUUUGCUAUAUGAGUUUUCCUACUGUUAAUAAAUGUGCUCUAUUUUUAUGUUUAUGUUCAAAAAUUUUUUCUGAAUUCUUGUUCUAAAUGAAAAAUUCAAGGAACCUGUUAAUAUAUUUACACCUUUUGAAUGGUACAAAUCAAGUUGUUGUGUUAUAUAGUUCAUUGUUAUCUGGUUCCUUAAGUUCUUAGAGUUGCACUUUUCUGAUGAAAAUCAUUCUAGAGGAACCUAAAAAGGAAAAAAGAUCUGAAAUUACUUUGAAGUCUAAUCUUGGUGCCUUUUGAUAAAUCCAGUAAAUCAGAAAAGAAAAUAGCCAUGUAAAAGGCUAAAAGUGAUAUAAAUAUCUUUCUGGAGUAACAUACUACUAUCACAGGUACCAUUCAAAGGGAAAAAGAAGGUAGGAAGAAGAGAGAGAAUUUUUUUUUUACAGAAAAUUAGGGCAAUGUUGGUUGCCAUUUAUGAAAAAGAUUUUUUUAAACUUUCAUAAAGAUUGCCUUUUGCCAUUUUUACAAUUACUAUAUGACUGUUUAUAUGGGGUCACAUAUGACUGUCUACUACAUAAAUAUGAAUGACUCAGAUGAAUCUGCUAUGUUUACAUAGCCUAUACACAGUUGAAAUCUAGCAUGAAAGGUUAGAAACAAAACACUGCACAUUAUUUCUUGAAAGUAAAAUCCUCUGUUGUUGUGAUGAGAUGAUUUGGUUUAAUGUCACAUUGUUCUGUGAUGUCUUUUGAGCUUUUUUGAAAGAGAUAUUUGUACAAAAGUCUUGGUUGGGAUUCUAUAUAGUGAAAACAAUGACUAUUAAGUCUUUUUUAUAUUUUUAUGAGAGAGUAGUGGAAAAUUACUUUUGAAGAAAAUGAGCUUCUAUUUAAAUGUUGAAAUAUAUAUAUAGUGAGUUUAAGGAGCCUGUACUUACUUGUCCGUUCUACAGAACCAUCUGUUUUCAGUGAUUGUAAAUAAACUUUCAAAACAUUUGAAAGGCUCCAUACAGAAUGUAUUAAUUGACGGUAAAUUUAAUAAAUUACUAAUCAAGCACAUUUUAUAGUAUUUUUUGCCUCUGUAAGAGUAAUUUUACCAGUUAAAGAACUGGAAAGAGAAAAAGAUACGUAUACGUAGUUUGCAACACUUGCAGUUUAACACAAUUCACGGUUUGUGCUCACAAAUUAAGUUUCUGCUAUUCCUUUGCCAUUUUAUUUAGUGCCAGUUCUUAUUCCUUGAAAGUCAUGGCAUUUAAGCAAAUUAUAAUUUCAAAUUAUUACAACCCAUUACAAGAUGUGUCUAGGAAUACAAAGGGCAGGAACCUUUUCUUACCUAGUCGCACAUUUCCGCCAGUAAAACAGAGUUGAUAGGAACUUCCAAAGAGUUUCUCCCCAUGCUGCCUAAAAGCAGAACUCUGGAAGAGGAAUCCCCGGCAAAUGUAUUAUUUUUUAACUACAGCUGUGUCAAAAGGAGUCACUAGCUCUUAGGUUUUCAUUCCACAAACAUUUUAUUAGUAUCACUGUACAGUAUGGCAGUUUUGCCCUAGAAUCAAAAUAUGGCAGUAGGCCACAAACUAGCAUUGAAAAUGGGAAAAAGUAUAGAAACGGCAUGCUUCACAGUGGAUAACUUUUUAACAUGCCUUUUUUUUCAUAUUGAGAGUUUUAUUUUUCUUCUAAUGUUUUAUUCUGAACUAACUGUAGAUGCAUGAAAAAGUUACAAAAAUAGUGCAGAGAAUUUCCAUGUAUACCUCACCUAGCUUCCCCAGAUGUUACUAUCUUACAUUAACUGUAGUACAACGAUCAGAACCAAGAAAUUAACACUUGAUACAAUACUGGUAAUAAACCAAAGUCCUAUUUGAAUUAUACCAGUUUUCUCACUAAUGUCCUUUUUCUAUUCCAGGAGAGGAGAAUCUCCAUGUAGGAGAAUCCUAUAAUUAAGUUGUUACUUCUUAGUUUUCUAAAGUUUCUACCAGUCCCUCAAUUUUCCUUGUCUUUCGUGCCCUUGUCACUUUAGAAGAAUAUUGGUGAGUUAUUUUGUCUAAUGUCUCUCAGUUUGGGUUUGUCUGAUGUUUUCUCAUGGUUGAGCAGAGGUUAUACUUUUUGAAAAGAAUAUCACAGAAAUGAAGUAUCCUCAGUGCAUCAUAUGAGGAUUCAUAAUACCGAUAUGUCUUAGUGAAGAUACUGACCUUGAUCAUUGAGAGACAAUGGUUUCUGUUAGAUUUCUCCACUGUGAAGUUACUGUCUUUCCCUUUUUAGUUAAUAUCUUGGGGAGAUGCUUUGAGACCACACAAAUUGUUUCUCCUCAAACUCAAAUUUAGUGGAUCAGUGGAUCUUGUCUGUAAUAGUUACUACUGUGGUAUUUGGAGAUUUUUUAAUUUUUCUUCUACAUUUAUUAAUUGGAAUUCUGUUGUAAGGAAAAGCUGUCCUCUCUCCCAUUUAUCUGAUUUUUUAUAAUAUAGAUUCACGAAUAUUUAUUUUAUUCUGUGGGUUAAAACCCAAUAUUGUCGGCAGUUCAAAUCCGCCAGGUGCUCCUUGGAAACUCUAUGGGGCAGUUCUACUCUGUCCUAUAGGGUCGCUAUGAGUUGGGAUCGACUCAACGACACUGGCUUUUUUGGUUGGAUGAUCAUCUUGUUGCUCAAAUUGUCCCAGCUUUGGCUAUUAGGAGAGCUCCUUCAGGUUGGCUCCCAUGCUGUUUAAACAGCCCCCAUCUUGUUUUGAGUAUUUCCUUACUUUCUGGGACUACAAAAUGUUUCAGGCUCAUCUUGUGUUCCUCUUGCUGCAGCCUUGGAACCAACUACUUCUCCCAGAAGCCCUGGUUCCUUUUGUUGGAGAAUGAUGCUUAGAAAUGCUGUCUUUUGAAUGAUGAUGCUAAGGUAGAUAAGGCAUAAAGCCUUGCAAUUAGCUGGAAGAAAUAAAGUACCGCUACCUUCAACAUUUUCACCUCAGCUUCCUUUUCUUUCACAGGACUGUUCCUUAUGAGCAAAUACACACAAAAUUGUCUUUACUACCUCCCUUCCCCAACUUUCCAAUAUAUCUAAGUUCAAAACAUAGGCCAAAUAUAUAUUUUCUGACAUUAGACUGUGCCCUUGACAGAAAAAUAAAAUACAGAAGCCAUACCUUGGAUUGUGGUGCUUUAAUUAAAAGAGGUUGGCCAAAAGCAAUAUUUCAAACUAUACUUUUGUAUGCUCUCCUGCAUGUUUUUUUUCCAUUUUUUAUUGUAGCAUACACACAACACAUGGUAUUUCAGCAGUUUCCACAUGUACUUCAGUGACAUUGACUGAAUUAUUCAAGUUGUGCAAGCAUUUUCGCUUUUUUCCCAGAUUAUUCCACCACCAUUAACAUAUCUUCAAUGCACCCUAAGAAAAAAACCCCUUUCCUGUCCCUACCCAGUGCCAUCAAGUUGAUCCUGACUCAAAGCGACCCUAUAGGACCCUAGUAACCACUAAUUACUUUUGAAUUCUGUAUUUUUUUCUUAUUUCAUAUAAGUGAUAUUCAUACAGUAUUUGUCCUUUUGUGACUGACUUAUUUCACUCAGUAUAAUGGUUUCAGGAUUCAUCCACCUUGUGUCACGCAUUAGGACUUCAUUCCUCUUUAUGGCUGAGUGUGCACCGUAUGUAUGUACCACAUUG